AUGUCUCAAACAGGUUACGCUCCAAAACAUCCUUUAUCCGAAACAAAAAUUAUUGAAGAAGAAGUUGUUUCUUUGAUAACCAACCUCGAUACCGAAAAAUCUGAUGAAGAAUUUGAUCUGAACGAGACUUUAUUCUUUCCAACAACUUGGACUACGAAAGGUUCUUUAACUUGCACUUUCUGGGAACUUCCUAAUUGGUUGCAAGACAACAAUGACAUCAUUCGAGGUUAUCGUCGUCCAACAUUUUCAUAUUUGAAAUGUAUACAAUCUUUAUUUUAUCUUCACAAUGAAAGUGUCAACAUUUGGUCUCACUUUGUUGGUGCGAUCCUUUUUGCUGUUCUUUCAUUGGCUACUUACUUUUACUUAAUGGACUAUAACACUUUGAAGCAGUCAGAUUACAUUGCGUUCUAUUGUUUUAUGGCGGGUGCAAUGAUAUGUCUUGGAUUAUCUUCGUCAUUUCACACCAUGUGUUGUCACUCGGAAAAGGUUUGCGCGAAUUGGAAUAGAUGUGAUUAUGUUGGAAUUGUUGCCUUGAUUAUUGCAACAAUUUCUGUAGCAGUGGCUCUUAGAUUUAGAAGACCAGAAUUUAGGUGGUUUAGAACUGGGUUGUUUUUUGCAUUAGGUGGAAGUUCAGUUAUUCCAAUAAUACAUGCUACUUUAUUAUAUGGGUUUCAUUUGAGUUAUGAGGUCAUUUCCCUCAAAUGGUUGGCUAUAACUGGUUUAUUAUAUAUUUUUGGCGCAUUUCUUUAUGGUACAAGAAUACCCGAAAGAUUGUUUCCUGGAAAAUUCGACAUAUGGGGAUCAUCCCAUCAAUUUUUUCAUUUCUUUGUUGUAGCUGCGGCUGUAGUUCAUUAUUAUGGAGUUUUGCAUUCUAUGUUAUAUUGGCAUAAAGCAAAUAAUCAAUGUACAUUAUCAAUUGAAGAGAUGCAGCAGAAUUUAAAUAAUUAA